AGAGAGAGAGAGAGAGGACGAGGACGAGCAGGGAGCCAGAGCCAGUGUUCAGCAGAGGGAGAACACCAACACUCAACAAGAUACCAGGAGAUACGCGUGGGAACAGCAGCCCACUGGAAAAGCAGAAGCAGAGCAGGGGAGUCGCUGUAUGCAGGACGAUCGUGCCAGAGCCCGUGGAUCUGCUUCUGUGUGAGUGUGUGCAACAGCUCUUGUGUGUUUCCACGGUUCUCCCGAGGCCGUGGCAGCCAUGGCGUCAGAGCCGAGCACCCAGUCCAGGGUGAUGUUCCAGACGCCGGACAAAGCGGACGAGCCGGGACCCCGCAAGCUGGGCAAGCUGACUGUCAAAUACAACCGCAAGGACCUGCAGAGGAGGCUGGAUAUCGAGGAGUGGAUCGACGAGCAGCUGCACCUGCUGUUUGACUGCGAGGAGGAAGAAAUCCCAGAGUUAGAAAUCGACAUCGACGAGCUCCUGGAGUUGCCGGACGAGGGACAACGAACCCGACUGCACGAGUUGCUGCAGGAAUGCGGGAAGCCAAAAGAGGAUUUUAUCAACGGGCUGCUCUACAGGAUAAAAGGUCUACGUAAACUGUCAGGUCCCUCGAAGAAAUAAUUAUAGGUCAAAU